UUCAAUAUUGGAUUUAAAUGUGUACAACAAAUCCUUUAUUCUCUCCAAGUAGUGGUUGCAAAACUGCUAAUUUUAUCACUCCUUCCAGAAUUAAGCAUUUUUGUUAACAUUCAACUGUUGAAACACCAAAUACGUCCCAUUAAAGAAACAUCAUAAAUUUAAAAUCUGGUAUAUCUCAUCAUUCUCCUUAACCAUUUAAUACAUCUAGACAUUAAAUCACAUCAAAUUACUUUAACCCAAAGAUCAUGAAUAAUAAUCUUACGAGAUAUGAAAGUCCGUUAAAAAUACUUUUCAAAACUGGUUAUGAUUAUUAGUAAGAAAUAAAAUAGUUAAAAAAAGAAAAUUAAGAUUUGCAUUCAUUAGUGAAAAAAUAAAGAGAGUAGCUUUAAGAAUUUUAAAUGGAUUCCUAAUUAGUUGAAGAAAAUUUAAUGUUAAAAGAAAUUAUUUAAAAAUUAUAAAAAGAAAACGAUGAAUACAAAAGAUAAUUAAAUAAGUGA